CCCGCGCGCGCUCUCGGGUCUGCGCAGAGCCGUCCUCGGCGCGUCCUCGGCGCCGGGCGGCAGUGACCAAGUGGGGUGCGCAGGGUUGCAGCGGCGCGGCAGUCGAGCUUGAGAGGGUCUGGGGACAGCAGUGCUCCCAGUCUGAGGGGCGGCGGCGCGGCGGCGGCGGCGGCGCCCGCGGCCCCUGAGCGAAUUGAGGACGAGGCCGCGAGGCGACGGUGUGGCGGGGCCCCCUCCAGCGGCCGCGCCCGGAGUAAGGCAAAAGAGAAUGAAAGAAGUAGAUAAUCUUGAAAGUAUAAAGGAAGAAUGGGUUUGUGAAACAGGAUCUGACCACCAACCUCUUAGUGAUAAUCAGCAAACAAAUUGUGAAUAUUUUGUUGACAGCCUUUUUGAGGAAGCUCAGAAGGUUGGUGCCAAAUGUGUGUCUCCCACUGAACAAAAGAAACAGGCAGAUAUAAGUAUAAAAUUAUGGAAAAAUGGAUUCACAGUCAAUGAUGAUUUCAGAAGUUAUUCUGAUGGUGCAAGUCAGCAGUUUCUGAACUCCAUCAAAAAAGGGGAAUUACCUUUAGAAUUACAGGGAGUUUUUGAUAAAGAGGAGGUCGAUGUUAAAGUUGAAGAUAAGAAAAAUGAAGUAUGUAUGUCAACGAAGCCUGUGUUCCAGCCCUUCUCAGGACAGGGUCAUAGACUGGGAAGUGCUACACCAAAAAUUGUUUCUAAAGCGAAGACUAUUGAAGUUGAGAAUAAAAAUAAGUUGUCUACUGUCCCACUAAACAGUCUGGAACCCAUCACUAAUAUACAGAUCUGGUUAGCCAAUGGGAAAAGGAUUGUCCAGAAAUUUAACAUUUCUCAUAGAAGUCCGGAGGGAAGUAGUUCAGAGCUGCUAGAUCAAAAGUCAUGACUCCAGUAUUGUUAAUCUGCGGAUCUCAGCACCAGUUAACUUGAGAUCUUCAGAUAGCCUGUUGGCACCAGCCAUCACAUUUGCAUUUCAUCAUUUCAUCAUUUCAUCCAGUAGAAGAAGCAUAUCCAUUCCCUUUUUUAAAAAAGCUAUUGAGAUGUAAUUCACAUAGCUUACAAUUCACCCAUUUAAAGUGUACAACUCAGUGUUUUUUUAGUAUAUUCACAGGAUUGUGCAGCCAUCACAAUCUGAUUUUAGAACAUUUUUAUCUCUAAAAGAAACCCCAUUAAUAGUCUUUCUCCACCCUCAGUUCUAGACAGCCACAAGUCUACAUUCUUUCUAUAGGUUUAUUUAUUUGGACAUUUCAUGUAAAUGGAAUCAUACAAUAUGUGGUCUUUUGUGACUGGCUUUUUUCACAACAUAAUGUUUUCAAGGUUCAUCCAUGUCGUUUUUAUUGCUGAAUAAUAGUCCAUUGUAUGAAUAUUCCUAACAUCCUAAAUAGCCAUUAGUUGAUGGACAUUCGGGUUGUUUCCACUUUUUAGCUAUUAAAAAUAGUGCUGCUAUGAACAUUUGUGUUCAAGUUGUUGCAUGAUCAUGUUUUCAUCUCUGUUACAUCCUCAGGAGUGGAAUAAAUGCUGGGUCAUAUAAUUUCAUACUUAACUUUUGAAGAACUGCCAGACUUCUCCAAAGCACCUGCACAGUUUACAUGCCCACUAGCAAUGUAUGAUUUUCCACAUUCUCCCCAAUGCUUGUUACUGUCUUUUUAUAUAAUUAUAGCCCUCCUAGUGGAGUGGUAUCUUGUAGUUUUGCAUUUCCCUAAUGACAUGAGGUUGCCUAUUUGUCUGUCUCGGAGAAAUAUCUAUUCAAAUCCUUUGCCGAAUUUUUAAUUGGGCUAUCUUUUUACUGUUUAGUUUUGAGUUCUUUAUAUAUUCCAGUACAAAUCCUUACGAUUUGCAAACAUUCCUCCCAUUCUGUGGGUUGUCUUUUCACUGGUUGCAUAGGUUACAACACAAAGUUUUUCAUUUAGAUGUAGUCCAACUUAUGCUUGUGGCAUCCUAUCUAAGAAACAUUUGUCUAAUCCAAGAUUAUGAAGAUAUGCUCCUGCUUUCUUCUAAGAGUUUUAUAGUUUUAGCCUUUACACGUAGGUCUGUGAUGGGUUUUCAGUUAAUUUUUGUAUGUGAUGUGACCCCUUCCCUUUUAAGGACCUUUCUGGGAAAUUGCCUACACCACUCAGCUUUUUUUCACUGGCCAGGACUUAGUUACAUGGCCGUACCCAUUAUCUGUAUGAGGCUGGAGAAUGUGUAUUUCGGGCAUCCUAUAUCAAUUUUUUAAAGAGGGUUGUAAGCCUACUCAGUCAUAGUCUGAGCAGGUCAAUUCUAUUGCUUCGUUUUUCUAGUGAACUUGUUUGUCGACUUUCACGAGGAUUUAGCAGGCGAGUUUAGCGCGAACGGCCGCCGGCUCUCACUCCCUCGGAGACCAACCCCAAGGAAAACGGUCCCGAGUGACUUGCCAGCCUUUCACCCGGCAAGUGUGGGCUCUGGCGUUUUUCACUUUGGGAAACCGAACCUGCGCACUUCACGGUUUCCCUGUUUUCCCGCGCGUUGCCCCCGGCCCGGGGCGCGCCCGCCAGCCCGCCCCUCUUCGCGCCGCGCCCUCUCGGCCCGGGAGCCGCCCUCCCCAAGGGGGCGGCCGGGCGAUAACACCGAGGGCGACGGCCGCAGUGCGCGUGCAGCUGUGCGCCAUGGCAGUGUCCCCCGAAGGGACCCCGGCCCCGCCAGUUGAGACGCCGCCGCCGCCGCCCCCGCCGGAAGCGCACACCUUGGAGCCCGGUUCGGUGAGCGCAAAGCGAGGGGCGCGAGGGGCGCGGGCGCUGGGCCGGAGGGGCCCCGGGGACCUUCCGGGCGUCUGGGCGUAGGCCUUCAGCCAGCCCGGGCAAGCCUCCAGCUUGUUGAACUGCCCCUGGUGGGGUCUGACAGUUUAGAGCCGAGAGGCUUGAGGGUGUUCCGGAGCCCCAAAGAGAACAGGAUGGGAAACCGAGUCCUAGGCAAGCGAAGGAAGCUGCUGAUUCCUUCACCUAGACAGGCAGGGCCAGGGCCAGUCUAGGGCUCUUGUCCGCCACACUCCAGGUCUUCCCCAGGUCCCCUGCACCCUGGGCAGGCAGGACGUUGAGUUGUGCGUGAGGAGGCUGCCUCCCUUCCCCAGUCUCCGGGCAGGUGCUGCGGGCAGCCACAGCGACCCUCUCAAACCUGGCUUCCUCCAGGCGCCAGGCUGUCCUUGAGGAGACUGCCUCUAGAGAUGUCCUUUCUGGCAACCAGGCUCCCAAGUGAGGGUGGCGGGCAGGCGGGAACCUAGGGGCGCCCUCAGCCCCUCGCAUCCCCCCUCCCCCCACCCCCUGGAUGGGGCUGGGGCGCAUGUCAUUCAGGGUGGCUGUGUUGGAGAGGAGUUAGGAUGUCUGAACUUUCCUGCCGAAUGCAAAAAUCCACUGCCCGCGCCCGCCCUGUGCUCAACGCGUUCAUUCUGUCUGUGGCUUCAAUUCCCUAUGCUGACUCAGUGCUUCCUCUCCGGCACCUCGGAGCAAAAGAUUGUGGCCUCCAAGAAAAAGCAAGAUUAAGAGGCCCUCUGGGGACUCUCACUUCCCAGGGAAAUGUAGAAAUUCAGGGUGAGAUGAAUGGCUAGAGGGGAAACAUGGUCCAUGAAAUGCUAGCACUUAAUUCUCAUAACAACUCUGUGAGGUGUAUUAUCCCCAUUUUAAAUGUGAGGAAAUAAAGCUCAGCACACUGAGUGCCUUGUCCUGGGUCACACAGCUAGAAAUGGCAGAGAAUUUGCAUUCAAAUUUGUCGAAUUUGUCUAACUCUGAAACUUGAUCUCAGUUGACUGUGAAGGGCUUAUGAUUUAAGUAGGUAAAACUGUCCUCAAGAUUCCGAGAUUCUAUCAUAUACCUAGUUUCAGCUGGAAUGUCUGUUUCAAGGGCCUUCUAUGUAUCAGAAACUUAAUAGGUAUGUUUCGUGGGAAACCAGAGUCCCAUUAUGGAGGGGGCAGGGUGGGGGGAGAGCUAUCAUGUUGGAUUCUGCCUGUUGUUAAGCUUUCUGGAAGUUGAAAUAGUGUUCACAAAAAUAUCAGAAAAGGAGACAACAUCCUGCCUCAUGUGUGGGUAGGAAGAGUGCAGAGGACUUGAUAAACCCUUAUCUGGGAAGACCUUCCUUUCAUUUGGGGUGUCUGGCAAGAUACAAAAAUGGGUGAAGCCGUGGUCCUCUCCACUCCCCCUCCCAUCCCCGGGCAAAAGAUGAAAAAGAAGGAUUCCCAGCGUCUUUGGAAGAAAUAGCACUUUCCACAGUGUCUUCGUGGCAUUUAUUCUUUUAACAAAUAUAUAUAUUGAGUGUCUAUAUGCCCAGCAUUGUUCUAGGUACUGGGGACAUGGUGGUGAAUCAAAGUUAUAUAGUUCAUGCUCGCAGAGAGUUUAUAUGCUGGUGGGGAGAGGCAGGAAAUGAAUAAGAAUAUAUCCUGUAGUAAGUACAAUUGAGAGAGAGAGUUGGGUGGUCAGGGAAGGCCUCUCUAAAGAGAUGACAUUAGGCUUCAGCCUGAAUGGCAAGGAGUCAGCUCUUGGAAAGACUGAGAGGAAGAGCCUUCCAGACAGAAGGGACAGGAAGUGCAAAGGCCCUGAGGCAGCAACAGAAAAGGUCGUUUUGAGUAACAAGAAGGAGGAGGCUACCAUGGUUGAAGAGAGCUAUCUGAAGUGAGGUGGGAAAGGGAGUGGGGGCUGAUUGGGUGGGCUCCUGUAGGCAAUAUGGGAAGGACUUGGAGUUUUAUUCAAACUGUAAUGGCAAGCUGUUAGAGGGUUUUUUGUUUGUUUUGUUUUUUUAAAUUUAUUUUAUUUUUAUUUAUUUUUUUGGCUGCGUUGGGUCUUUGUUGCUGCGGGCGGCCUUUCUCUAGUUGCGGCGAGCGGGGGCUACUCUUCCUUGCAGUGGCUUCUCUUGUUGCGGAGCACGGGCUCCAGAGCGCAGGCUCAGUAGUUGUGGCGCACGGGUUUAGUUGCUCCGCGGCAUGUGGGAUCUUCCCGGACCAGGGAUCGAACCCAUGUCCCCUGCAGUGGCAGGCGGAUUCUUAA